ACCCCACGUACUAACUAUUAAAAAGAUACUAUUGUAUUGCCACUUUCACAUAAUAAUAAAAUGGCCAAGAUCAUACGUCAACACAUUUCCUCCUCCUUCUUCUCCUUCUUCUCCUUCUUCUUCCUAGUAUCACUUCUAGGACUAAUUUUCCCGGUAGUCCGCGGUAAAGUUCCGGCUGUGAUAGUUUUCGGGGACUCGUCCGUCGACACCGGGAACAAUAAUGGGAUAGAGACAUUGCUCAAGAGCAACUUUGAGCCUUAUGGUAGGAACUUUGAAGGCGGUCGGCCCACGGGUCGAUUUUCUAAUGGGCGGGUACCUGUGGAUUUCUUCUCUGAAUAUUAUGGGCUCAAAAAAACUGUUCCAGCUUAUUUGGAUCCUAAUUAUGGGAUGGAAGAUUUUGUUACUGGUGUUAAUUUUGCUUCUGCUGGUACUGGCUAUGAUAACACCACUUCUGCUGUGCUGAAUGUGAUACCAGUUUGGCAAGAAAUUGAAUAUUACAAGGAGUACAUAGAGAAAUUACAUGCCUAUGUUGGGGAGGUUAAGGCAAAUGAGAUCAUAACUGAAGCAGUAUACUUAGUGAGCAUGGGAACAAACGACUUCCUAGAAAACUACUACUUAUUGCCUACAACUCAGGCGUGUUACACGAUCCAAGAGUUCGAGGAUCACCUUGUUGGACUCGCGAGGAAGUUCGUGGAAGAGAUAUAUAGUCUUGGUGCUCGGAAAAUCUCACUCGCCGGCGUUCCUCCAAUGGGUUGUUUGCCAUUGGAGAGGACAAUAAAUCUCAUGGCAAUACAUGAAUGCAAUGAAGAGUACAACAAUGUGGCCCUUGAGUUUAAUGCUAAAGUAAAGGGCUUGGUGAACCAACUCAAUAUGCAAUUACCUGGCAUCAAAGUAUUUUUAUCUAACCCUUAUAACGUCCUACGCCAAAUGAUUAGGAAGCCUUCAAUAUAUGGGAUGGAAGUUACAUAUAAAGCAUGUUGUGGGACUGGAUUAUUGGAGAUGAGUUAUCUAUGCAGUCUGGAUAAUUCAUUGACCUGCUCUGAUGCUGACAAAUAUGUGUUCUGGGAUUCUUUUCACCCAACUGAGAAAACCAAUCGAAUUAUGGCUGAACAUCUGUUCAAGACAGUUCUGUACAAAUUUCUGUAGGGACAUACUAUGUAUUCUUCAAUUAUUGGUAAGAAUGUAUGUAGAAAAAGAAUAUGGAAAUUCUUUCUUAUUUUCUGUUUGAGGGGAGACCAAUUAUACUGGACUUUCAGAAAUCUCCCUUUGAUUAUAUACAAAGAAGAGGAAAUAUUCACUUAGGUAGUUUGAGGUUUGACAAAAUUUUCACUUCAA